UGAAAAUGGUUUUAGGUCUGGUUCCUAAAAGGGAAGUCCAUAAGGCAAAACAAGGUGAGCAUUGCUUGGGGACUGGUAUGUGGAGAUAAUGCUCGUGUUUACCAUGCUUCACCCAAUUCUCAUGCCUGUGCCCUGAUGGGCUGGACUGCAGCAAGAUCCAAGCACAAUCCCUCUGUCCAUCCUUUCCUCCUUCCUCCACCCCCAGGGAGGCUGUCCUAGUUUUUUUUCUUUUUUUUUUCCUUUCUCUUUUUUUCCACCCUCUCAGCUGUACUUGUAACCCUUAAUCUAGCUGGCCUUGCAACAAACAACAGCUCAGGAGACACAGAGCAGGACCUUAAGCACCAUGAUAGCUCAAGGCAUCUCAGGGCUCAUGCGACCCUUGCUCAGUGGACUGAGUGUGAGCAAAAUUCGCUUUAUUUAUCUCUGUGGGGUGACUGAGCAGCAUCACCCACCAGCUAGGCAGGGGUCAGAAAGAGGCUUCAGCUCCAUGCACAAGCUCCAGGAUGCCCCUGGGGAAUCGAGCUCUGCUAACCAGGUGACGGUGCAUUUUAUAAAUCGGGAUGGAGAGCGACUUACAGCCACAGCUAAAGAAGGGGAGAGUUUGCUGGAAGUGGUAGUCAAUCAAAACUUGGCCAUUGAUGGAUUUGGUGCAUGUGAAGGGACGUUAGCCUGCUCCACCUGUCACCUCAUCUUUGAGAAGGACACCUUCCAGAAGCUGGAUGCCAUCUCAGAUGAAGAGCUGGACAUGCUGGACUUGGCAUAUGGACUCACUGAGACAUCUCGCCUUGGCUGCCAGGUGUGCAUUAAGAAGUCGAUGGAUGGUGUGACAGUGCGGGUCCCCAUGGAUGUAUCAGACAUCAGGAGGCAGCUGGAGGUUGGAAAGCAAAGCAAACAGUAACUGGAAACGACUCCUGCACAACUCGUGUCCUCAUUUUAGGUGUGGCAGGGUACUCUGCUUUUGGUUAACACUAUUGCUUUACAUGGCUGGCUUGACUGUAGAGGUCUGAUUCGGUAUAAAAGCCUGUUCGGCAAAUCUCUUGUUUAAACAAAGCUUAAUGCUAGGGUCUUUGGUACAUGUUUUAAGUUUAAGUGCUUAAGUGCUCUGCUGAGCGCAACUGGACCAAAGCGUAUGGCUUUGUUUCCCCGGGUAGGUGAUGGUACACAUCUGUGCUGUAUGUGACUCACCCUCUCCUUUUGAAAUUUAAGGAAUUCUGCUAUUCUAAGUAACCGCUGGGAUUUUUGCAAGGCUUGGCUCUUUAACUGUAGAGCAGAUUUUUCCCAAUUUGGGAAGCUUAAAAAGAGAGCUGUUCCAAAUACAAGACAGUGUGCUGAUUGGCUUGAUGACAUAGGCUAGCUGAGUUUGGUUAGCAGGAACAUAUUGAUAGCCAUUUGAAUGCUGACAUUUCCUAUGAGAGGGAACCAUUUGCUAUGAAUUUGAGAUGUUACAUGUCACUGAAUUGUUACAUGCCAUAAUCUGCUACUUUCUCCAAAUACUAAAUUUUCCCAUUGCUGUACUACCACAUAUGUCAAAUAAAAUUCUAAUAAACAGG